UAAUGUUCGCUCAAGGCCCGCUGUACCCAGAGCAGCUGGCCUUAGCUGUGUGUGCGCGUGUCGGCAGGCAGAAGUUUCGUUGUGUCAUGCAACAAACAAAUACCGGUACAAAUUUUAUUUUUACAACUUAUAAGAUUCUUGUGAAACGAAAACAUCCUUUGCAGAGAUAUAACAGUGGAGAACCAUCUGCCAAGAAGUCUUUGGUUAUGACUGCCGACUGUCCUGACACAGCCGAGGAAAGUAAUGAUGGAGGAGACAGAAAUCAUAGAAGCAUAGGAAAAAAAGACUGCUUGCCACCAGAAGCAGCUGAUACUGCUGACCUUUUUCUCUUCAUGGACAUGCUGUUUGACAGUGUAAAUGGAAGUUCUGUGAGGCCAAAAAAAGGAAAGCUGCUGAGGUGUGCAGUUACGAAAACAUCCCCUCAUGUUGAUUUCUGGCAUGAAGCCAUUCAAGUGUUAAGAACAUUUAACUUUGUUGACAAGAAUGGAAAGAAUAACAGGCCACCCUCUGUGAAGAAUUGGGAGCGUACAUUGUGUGGUUGGAAAAUAAUUUGGUCCAUGCUGCAGAAGGAAGGUUUCAAGUAUUUUUCACUCCAAUCAAUUAAUCAAGAUCCACUUGAGAAUUUUUUUGGCUGCAUUCGUAGUCAUGGUAUACGUAAUAUCAUGCCAUCAUGUUCAUCAUUUAUGUCAUCAUUUAAAACACUGUUGGUCAAUAAAUUUACGUCACCACACUCAUUGGGGUCAAAUUGCAUCAAACAUGACACCCAAGGCUCUCUCGACACUUUGCGGGUGUUCCUGACAGAUAGCUUGAAGCAAGGUGAGUACAACAGUGAUGCAGCUCAUGAUUUGGAUCUGUGCCACAUAGCAUUUAUUGAUAAGGAUGAUGACCCCCAGUGCUUAGGCACAGACGAGAAUCCAUUGUCAACCAGCACUAAAGUGUACAUCAGUGGUUACAUAGCUCGGAAAGUGAUGAAACCUGUUGGUGACUGCCUGGAGUGUUGAAAUAACUUGUUUCCUACUGGGUCUGUAGAAAAUUGUGAGCUGAUAACUGCUAGAGCAUAUACCCCCACAUCCUUGAGAUAUCCAACUACAUGUUUUAGCAAGACUUGUGCCAUUGCUGUUGGCUGUAUUGCUAAAUAUUUACCACAAAUUUGUCAUAUGAAACAUGUGAAAAACAUCAUAACCAUGCUUGUUCUCAUGGAAAUAGACACAAGUGUGUUUGCUUGUAAAAUACAUGAAUUGUGCAAGUUUGUCGUGAAUUUGGUUGUAAAGGUUUAUAUACAUUCCUGGUAUAGGUCUGUGAACACAAUUUUAUGUGGUAGGGUUGCUUUUGUUAAUUCUGUGGAUGAAAUUAAGAAAGCGGCAAGAGCCAAAUUCUUGUCAAGUCAUAAUAUAUUGAUACAUACAUGUUUUUUGUUCUUCUUUGUAUAUCGCCAAUUUAUUUCUACAAGAAAUUGUGAUUAAAUGUAGUGACGGGUCGAUUCCUAUUCCAGAAUCGAUCUUCUUAAAUUACUGUCUCAAAUAGUGAAUAUGUGAACUAUAUCACAGCCAUGUUUUUUGCUUAAGAUUACAGUAAUGACAAGAGACAAAUGAGUCGACCAAUUCCAAUAACCACUUUGUCUUCAUAAGAGAUUUCCCAGAAAAUAGGAAAAACCUGUAUUUGUUCUCUGGAGAUGUUACGACUAAUGCAAUGUUUACUUAGCUGUUUAGAUUUAAUAGGUCGCAUGUACCCAUAAAGGAAAUAAUAAUGAAACAGCUAGUUUUUGAGAAAAUUCGAUUUAACAAAGUGGAGUUUGGAAAUAUCAGAGAGACAGUGGUAUUUGGAACAGUACAUGUUUAAGAAAGUGGCUAAUGGAAACACGUAUUUUCUUCUCGAUAGAGUAAUGAUAUUUUAUUGCACAGUUUUAAACACAGAAACAAUGAAAAACAAAGUAACAGUUGUAAAUUAAAAAGAAAUGUUGAAAAAUCUUGCCACAAUAUAUUUGAAGCUAUUAUGACAAGGUCGUAAAACAACAACAUUAAAACAAUACAUUCGUAAUUAAAUUAAAAGAAAAAAUUUAAACAUUAGACCCUAUUUAAGAAACAAGAAUAACAAUGAAUAUUAAUGACAGUGUCAGCAAAUAAUCAAUUUCACCAAAUCAACAAUGUUUAAUUGAAUGCUACACAUGCAGUUCUUCAGAUUCUUCCAUUGGUUCGUCUUCUGCAUCACUUUCAUGUUAAAUGAUUGUAUGAAUACUGUCAACACUUACUGACUGAUAUAAUUGCAAGUAGAAGUUCAGGUGGUUUUCAGAUUCUUUCCACUUGCUCCCAAAGUGUUUACACAAAAGAUUGUUAAUGUCCUUCAGCUUACUGGCUUUAAUCUGAACACCAGAUUCCAGAACCUCGGGUGUUAAAUCUGAGAGUGUAACACACGCUUCAAAACACUUCGCCUUUGUCCUAGGUCUGUUCUAUAAAAACACUCCCCUCAAACGAGAAUCAAUGCUGAGUUCUUGCACGAUCUCGUUAAGAUAAAUCUCUUACACUGGGAACAUCUAAAAUGCCAUGACUGUGUUGGUUUUAUUACACGAGUUACAGCUUCCUUCCGGUCAAAAAAUUGAAAAUGUUCUGUUGGACGAAGCAAAGUACCAUGAUUACUCAAAAUUGUGUAAUAUUCAUCAGGAAGCACAAUUGUGUCUAGUUUGUUCAAUUCUCUCUCUAUUCUACAAAUAUUCUAUCAGGUGGAAUGUAGGAGUGACCUGUGACGGGAAAAAACAACAGAACUUGCUGAACGUGUUGUGGAGCUUGACUGAGCCAUUUACUUGCCAUUCCAAUAAGGGUACAGUUUUUAUUUUGACCACUACAGCCAUUAGCAAAAAGACGAACUGUAUUAAUACCCGUAAUAUCUAUAUUUGUAAAUCUAUUAAACACAGCAGAGGCGAUCUGGUUGGAAGCUUUUGGGAAUUCAUUUUCAGACCAUGAAUAAAUGAAUGUGUUUCUUUGAUUUUGUGGGGAUUUCAAUGUUCCUUAGCAUACUGUGAAAUUUUAAAAAUUUAAUUGACGACUAUAGUAGCUAGCUUGAUCAGGAAGUUUUGGCAGGAUCAGAUUUUUCUGACAAUCGAGCAAAAAUGUCAGUUCACACGGUUUUUCUUCUUUGAGUAACUGAUAAAACGCAUUCGCUCUUAGCUUAUGUGCUCUCUUUGCUAUUAUCGAAUCAUUUACAACUUCGGAUUUGCCACCUUACCUAGAGGGUUCCUGAAUUUGAAGAUUCAGCUGUUGCUGGUGUUUUAAAACUUACGUUAGAGUCCUCUACAAAGAUUUUUCUGAAAUAUUCAUACUUCACUUUCUGUUCACUAUCAUUGUUGAAACCUCGCCAGAGUUUCUUGAUGCUGAGUUUACCAGGAAUAUAAAAUAUUUUAGAAUUCUUUGACCUGCAGUAAUGAGACCCAGCAGCAUGCAAUGAUUGCAUGUAGCCCUUAACCAUAUUUUUUUGUGCAGUGUAUUUUUGUGAACGUGUAUCACCACCUCUAUUUUCAAAGGGAGAAAGUCCCGUAGUAAGGUGCAUUUUAGUUAACCAUUUCACCCUGUCUUCCCCUAUGCCAAGAACAUGCACAAAACAAUUUUUACAAACCCUUAUCAAAUGCGAUGCUUUUCCUGAUUGCAAAUGGGGCAUAAAAAAAUUGAAACAUACUUGUUUCUUCUUGUACUUUGACACCGCCGUCGGUGCUCCCUCUGAGAGCACAGGCCGCUAUGUGUCCUCAACACCUGAGCCAGUGCUAGUGCUAAGAACACGCCCGCGCGUGUGUCUUAGUGGAGCGCCACGAAAGGUUUGAAGUCAGUCACUGCCAUCUAAAUGCCCAAAGCGCCCGGCCGGGUGUGGCAAUGUGCAUCAGGUAUCUAGUGCACAUGUAAAUUAUUUAACAAACAGAAACUAAAACUUUUAAUAAGCAUAAAAAUUAUCUUUAAUAAUUAAUGGUUGUGUAAAAUAUUUAUGCUCACAAAACAGGCCGGCAUCGCCUUCCCGCGCUCCGUCGUUUUCCCGCGGGUUUUCCUCCCCUCCAUGGCCCGGUUGCCAGGGAGAGUCGUCAGUCGCCAUCCAGCACUCGCCAGGGCCGGCAGCCCCGCGCACGGGGAGCCUCCAAUUUUCGCGCCAGUUUCCACGUUUAGCAUCAAUAGGUAAUUAUCUCCGAAUCUUGUUUCUACAGCUCCCCGGUCGGCCCUAACUGGCCGUACGACAUGUCGUGCGGUCCUUAGAUAAAGUGUGCAACCCGACCACGGAUUUUUCAGCGUAAUAGGUAAUCCUGUGUUUUAAGGCGGCUCGCCGAGGCGCCUGCGCCUCACGCUAUAAAACCUCCCCACGGAGAAUUAGAACAUUGCCCACGCAGGGCGGCAUUGCGCCAAAUGCGUAACUGAACUUACGAACACCUCAACCCCUGGGAUGUGCAACGGACGUGAACGAGAGACCACGUUGGGUCCCGUCGCGCCCGUUCCCAGUUUAAACGUGGCUCACGCCACUGCGAGAACCAGUCUCGCAUCACGUGAUCAUUAGAAGUCCGGGAACCGAACCCACCUCAAGUCCGGGACGUACUCAUAAAUAUUUAGUGUUGAUUACCGUUUUAAGAUUAGUGUGUGUCGUCACGAUCAUGUCCAUGUAUAAGCCAGUAUUAAUUGUAAACCCGCACAGACAGUAGCAGAUUCACGUAGUGAGUGUAUCAUGAACUAUCACGUGCUAUGCACCAGACUUGCCGCGCCCCGAGCCACCACCGUAGCUCAUGUUAGCCUGCACCCCUCAUAGGGGUAGUCCUCGGAACACCGUGAGACGUAAUCAGUGCCGCCAUUCGAGGGCCGUGUAGGCGGAGUGAAGGUUGACGAUGAUACGGCCAGUCACGUGCCAGUGCCUUGUGUGAUUUCCUGUAACGUGUGCUACCGGAAUAAAACAAUCAAAGUUACGUGUGUAUUUCACUAAUAUGGCGUCCUGGGAGGCCAUAACAGCCCGGGGGGUCCUUUGUCGACGCGUCCAUGCCUGCAGCUACGAGGCCAGGAACCCCGCCCUUGAGACCAAAUUUCCUUUAUAUCAUUUUAAUUAACAUAAUUUCAGGACAGGCAGCGGGGACGGCGUCAAAUUUUCGCCCAACUUGUGUGGCUAAAACAUCAACAAACUUAUUUGACAGACAAUCCACGGAAAACGAAAAAAAAUUAAAAAAAAAAAAAAAGGUCUUGAGUAGGGACCAGUGCAACAGCGCGCAAUGUGACAAUUUUUAUUUUGUGAUCCGCAACGAGCCGAGGAGGACGUGGAAACCUUCAUCCCGUCCAAGGUACAGCUACACCGGCGUCUGGACGCCGGCGGACAAACCAACGCGGCGCUAGACAUUGCGGUGGAGCUAAUGAAGAGAGAGCUACGCCCGCACCUGAGGGGAGCAGUGGACAGGGAGCUCGAGGACUUUGUACAACUGGCAAAGGAGAUCGAGCGGGACCUACACCUGUCGCCGCGCCCGCGAGACACCGCGGCUCGCCGGCGAAGGGAUUUCCCCGCCACGUGCGGUGGCCCCGGAGGAAACGUGGGCAGUGGUGCCAUACGUGAAUCCCCCUCCCCCUCACGGCAACCCCCGCCGGGGAGGCGAGACAAGGGAGUGGGGGGCCACGACGCAACCCGCCACGCAGCAGGCCAACACCACCAAAUAGCGGGCCGCACGUCCCAACCCGCGCGAGGACGGACCGCGGGACCAAUCCCCACAGUGCCGGUACUGCAGAGAGGAAGCUUACCAUUGGCACGAGGUGUGCCCCACCCGAGCCGCGCUGUGGCAAGACCGCCGGCCAGGCGUGACGCAGCCGGGAAACGCCAACUAUGGAGCAGGAUACCGGCGGGCUACUGCUCCUGGAUAACGGCCGAUGCACCACCGUAAGGCCAGCCCGCACAUCGCCGCCCGUCAGACCAGGUGGCGGUGUCCCGCACCACCCAUCAGACCAGGUGGCGGUGCCGUGCACCACCCGUCAGCGCCCCGCACCGGGUCAUCGGCGUGCGACGGCGUAUCACCGGCGCCCCCGACGCACCCAGCACCGCCCGUGGGGCCCAACCGAGCAAUAUCGCCGCCCGUCAGACCAGGCGGUGGUGCCCCGCACCACCCGUCAGCACCCCGCACCGGGUCGUCGGCGUGUGACGCCGUGUCACCGGUGGCCCUGACGCCCACAGCACCGCCUGCGGGGCCUGACCAAGCACCAUCGCCGCGACUGGGACGAGCAGGGAACGACGCGGGCAUGCAAAUGCCAGUGCCCGUCCACGCCCAGCCCGUCCACACCCUGGUGGACACCGCGGCGAGCCACACGUACGUCGCGGCCCACCUAGUGCCGGAGGCGGACCUGGAGCAGCGGGAGGAAGGUGUCCAACUUGCCACCUGGGGAGCUUGCGCGCUCACGACGGGGCGCGCCCAUGUAAGGAUCGCCGUCAGAGACAUGUGUAGUCAGACAAAAGCCCUGGUGGUGCUGAGGGACGACCUGAUCCUGGGACUGCCAUGGCUCAUCCAGGAGGAAGCCGCCAUUGACGUAAGUGAGGGCAGGAUACACGUAGGGCGCCAGGGACGGAGGACACUCUACAGCGUCAAUCAGACAGGAGCACCUCCACCAACCCCUACCGUCACUCUCGCAGACUUGCGUAAUGAGGUACCCCUAGAAUACUAGGACCUGUUCAAUGGGGUGCAGGACCAGCAAGUGCAGGUGUUCACUGCCGCGGACAUGCUGCGCUGCACCACAGUCACACAACAUACCUUCCCGAAAUGACCACACGAGCCCCGCUUCGUCAAGCCCUUCGGUUUUGGACCUAGGAGCGGGAGGCGAUACAGACACAGAUCGCGGAGAUGCUGCGGGACAGGGUAAUCGAGCCGAGUAAGUCGCCCUACAAUUGUCUGGUGGUGAUGGCCAAGAAAAAGGACGGCUCACUCCGGUUCUUGCGUAAAUUUCAAGACCAUCAACGUAGUCACCAUCCCCGCACCACCACCAAUCAUCAACAUCACUGAUGCACUAGCCGGGUUGGGGGAGGCUGGCAUAUUCACGUCGCUGGAUCUCAAGUCUGGGUACUGGCAGGUGCCCGUCUGUCCCAAGGAUCAGCCCAAGACGGCUUUCACCGCGCCCGAUGGCCGCAGGUUUCAGUUCUGCGCCAUGCCGUUCGGGCUGAUGGACGCCCCCGCGACCUUCCAGGCCAAGAUGGUGCGCGUCCUGGAUGGGUUCGUCGGCAAGUUUGCCGCGGCCUACCUGGACGAUGUCAUCAUCUGGUCGCGGACGUGGGAGGAACAUGCGCACCACCUUGCCAUGGUCCUCGAGCGGCUGGCCCGUCAUGGCCUGACCUGCGCGCCCCACAAGUGCCAUGUCGGCGCGGUGGAGUUAGCCUACUUGGGCAUAUGGUGAGCGCGGACGGAUGCUGUCCCCUGCCAGCCCAGCUCGACCUGAUCAAGGCCAAACUCCCCCACGUACCCGGAAGCAGCUGCAGCAGUUGGUGGGGUUGCUAAACUGGCUCAGAAGCUUCAUCCCCAACUUCGCAGUCGUCACCGCCCCCAUGACCGAUCUUCUGUCGCCCAAGUUUCGAUUCUGGUGGACCCCCGAGGCCGACCAUGCACUGAACACCGUCAAGCGCCUGUUCCGGGAGUACCACACCCUUGCCCGCCUACACCCCGCUGAACACAUUUACCUGCAGACCGACGCCAGCCAGGAGGGCAUGGGCUGGGUCCCGACGGGGAGCGGCGCGUCGUAGAGUACGUCAGUGCCAAGUUUGGGCCGGCGGCGCGCCGCUACCACGUCAACGAGCAGGAGUGCCUGGCGGUCGUGUGGGCCGUGGGGCGGUACCGGCAUCACCUUGAGGGCAGACCGUUCACGCUUAGGACGGACAGCCAGUGCCUUAAGUGGCUGGACUCAGUGCAGGGGCGGAAAUAAAAAUUCACCCGGUGGGCACUCACUUUGCAGACCUUCGAUUUCCAUGUGGAGCACGUGCCGGGUCGGGAGAACCAGCUGGCAGACGAGCUGUCGCGCCAUCCAAACCGGUCACAGAGUUCGAGGACGAGGGAACGUGGGACGACCUGUUACCGCCACUAGGGAGCCCCCUGAGCAACUUGAGGGGGGGAACACCGCCACCCUGUACGUGACUGAAACCACCACAGUACCAGGGGAGGCCGUACCAGACAACUUAGCAGGCCUCGUCCAGGCCGUGCGUCGUGCGCAGCGGGCGGACGCUGCAGUGCGCGCCAAUGUGGACGCAUGUGCGGUGGGACACCGCUCCUUUAAGCAGUGCCUGGACGGCGAGCUACAGACCCAUGCCCCUGAGGAUAUGGAGAGUUGGCGGACGCAUGUACCCGCCACCGCCGCUCUGGCCGUGCUGUGCUUCUUUCACGAUCACGACUUGGCAGGGCACCCAGGGGCGGAACAGACGCAGGAGGCACUACGCCACACCUUCCACUGGCCCGGGGUAGCCCGCGACAUUCGGGAGUAAGUUAGGGGGUGCCAGCUGUGCAAUAGCGCAAGGCCCGGCGGGCUGAAGGGGUCGAACAUCAACAGCCCCGCCGACCACACGAGCCCUUCCACACAUUGGCCUUGGACGUGAUGGGCCCAUACCCGCAGAGACCCAGGGGGAAAUGCUUCCUCGUGGUCGUCACCGACCUCUUCACAGGAUGGAUGGAGGCAUUUCCCGUGUCCAACGUCCGGGCCAAGAGGCGUUUCCCGUGUCCAACGUCCGGGCCAAGACGAUCAACCAACUUGCUGGAGGGGGAGGUCUACCCGUGCUAUGGCUUCCCUAGGGUACUCCUGAUGGACAACGGGAGCCAGUUCAUGGGAAGGCAGUGGUGAGCGGACUGCCGACGCUAGGGCAUCACACAUCACACCACACCCACGUACCAUCCCCGUGCCAACCCCACGGAGAGGAGAAACCAAGAAAUAAAAGCACAACUAUGUCUGCGCUUGGUGGACGAUCAUACCAAGUGGGACGUCCACCUACCCAAGAUCCUGUAUUGCCUGCGGCGGCGCGUAAACGCCGUCACCGGCCACUCUCCCGCUGAGCUCGUGCAGGGGCAAAACCUGGCACUCCCGGGAGAGUUCCGCGUAGCAAACACAGCCACGAAGGACUGGUGGGGAAAUGAGCUACGAACUCAGAUUGAGGCCAUGCGAGAGCAGGCGAGGGAAAAGCAGGCCCACUUCCUCACGAACAAGACGCCUUCCUCCACGCACACACCGGUUCCCCUCACACCCGGGCAGUGGGUGUACGUGCGGCAGCACCACCUCUUGGCAGGGUCAAAUAAUUUCUGCGCCGGGCUGGCCCCCAAGUGGUCACCGCCGCGGCAGAUCCUGUGGAAAACGGGGCCGUCCACCUUUGCCGUGCGCACUCCGAGUGGGCGUCCGGCCAAAGUGCACAGGGACAACCUACGACCCCGAAUCAACCACCUGGCCGUGACCACAUACUCAGCAGGGACGCAGACAGGGACGAGGGGGCCCCGACACCGAACUGCAACAUAACACCAGGGCAGGAGUCGCCCCCCGACACACCCACCAGCGAAGCAGGGGAGGGGCACCAGGACGACUCCAUCCCUCAUCGCCCUGUGAGUGCCACCGCCCUCCCAGCCAGUCUAGACGCCACCUCCGUGGACACCCCACCCGAGGAGGCAAGGGGAGCGAUCCUUUCCUACCCCGACCCCAUUACCAACCCACCUGACGCCGACGAGGCACAGCCCAUCAUCGGCCACCCGGACAACGAGACACCAGAACCCGAGUCCGACGAGCUCGACGAGCUCGACGAGCCCUGGUGGCCACUGGACCUGGACCUAAGUACGUCCACUUUCCGGGUAGUCGUAGAGGAGCCAGAGGCAGGAACGGGGGAGGGAGAAGAGAUCGCGAGGAGGUACCCCCGUCGGAGAACCGUCAGCGGCACAAAGAGAGGGGGGAACAGCAGACCUUCAGGCCAUGCCGUCCGGGGACAGCGAAGACGCCAGGGAACCGGACGCACAUGCUGACGCAGGGGCUACCCGACCACGUAGGGACCGCAGAGCGCCCACACACCUGAGUGACUACGUCACCGCGACCAACCAGGACACUAGGGAGACGAGCGGGGACAGGGAUGCCAGAGUCUUGGAUAGUAGCCACCCGCUCGAAGCAGGGUCCCAAAGUACCCGCGAUCGACGUGGUCGCACGCGCCAGGCCCCGCCCCAACUCAGGGACUACUUCUUGGGGGCGAUCACGUUACCCGCCAGUAACACACGGGCCGGGUCAUCCACCGAACACACGGGAGGGAAUCACCCAGGGCAAUCGACACCACCCGAAACACAGUAUGGGAUGCCACCCGGGGAGCCCCUGUUUUUGUGGGCGAACCACACCGAGGCCCAGUACACCACACAUAGCCUAAUCCUACCCACGUGUGAACCAGUGCGACAACACAGUGUGUGUAAAGGUGUUGAGGCACAGAGCGGCCUCGUCGAGGAGGGGGCAUUUGCCGCCGCCGUCGGUGCUCCCUCUGAGAGCACAGGCCGCUAUGUGUCCUCAACACCUGAGCCAGUGCUAGUGCUACGAACACGCCCGCGCGUGUGUAACUUAGUGCAGCGCCUCGAACGGUGUGACGUCAGUCACGGCCAUCUAAAUGCCCAAAGUGCCCGGCCGGGUGUGGCAAUGCGCAUCAGGUAUCUAGUGCACAUGUAAAUUAUUAACAAACAGAAACUAAAACUUUUAAUAAGCAUAAAAAUUGUCUUUAAUUAAUUAAUGGUUGUGUCAAAUAUUUACGCUCACAAAACUGGCCGGCAUCGCCUUCCCGCAGGUUUUCCUCCCCUCCCUGGCACGGUUGCCAGGGAGAGUCGUCAGUCGCCAUCCAGCACUCGCCAGGGCCGGCAGCCCCGCGCACGGGGAGCCUCCAAUUUUCGCACCAGUUUAUACGUUUAGCAUCAAUAGGUAAUUAUCUCCGAAUCUUCUUUCUACAGCUCCCCGGUCGGCCCUAACUGGCCGUACGACAUGUCGUGCGGUCCUUAAAUAAAGUGUGUAACCCGACCACGGGUUUUUCAGCGUAAUAGGUAAUCCUGUGUUUUAAGGCAGCUCGCCAAGGCGCCUGCACCUCACGCUAUAAAACCUCCCCACGGAGAAUUAGAACUUUGCCCACGCAGGGCGGCAUUGCACCAAAUGCGUAACUGAACUUACGAACGCCUCAACCCCAGGGACGUGCAACGGACGUGAACGAGAGACCACGUUGGGUCCCGUCGCGCCCGUUCCCAGUUUAAACGUGGCUCACGCCACUGAGAGAACCAGUCUCGCAUCACGUGAUCAUUAGAAGUCCGGGAACCGAACCCACCUCGAGUCCGGGACGUACUCAUAAAUAUUUAGUGUUAAUUACCGUUUUAAGAUUAGUGUGUGUCGUCAUCAUUAUGUCCAUGUAUAAGUCAGUAUUAAUUGUAAACCUGCACAGACAGUAGCAGAUUCACGUAGUGAGUGUAUCACGAACUAUCACGUGCUAUGCACCAGACUUGCCGCGCCCCGAGCCGCCACCACCGUAGCUCAGGUUAGCCUGCACCCCUCGUUGGGGUAGUCCUCGGAACACCGUGUGACGUAAUCAGUGCCGCCAUUCGAGGGCCGUGUAGGCGGAGUGAAGGUUGAUAACUAUACGGCCAGUCACGUGCCAGUGCCUUGUGUGAUUUCCUGUAACGUGUGCUACCGGAAUAAAACAAUCAAAGUUACGUGUGUAUUUUACUAAUACGGCAUCCUGGGAGGCCAUAACAGCCAGGGGGGUCCUUUGUCAAUGCGUCCCUGCCUGCAGCCACGAGUCGAGGAACCCCGCUCGAGACCAAAUUUCCUUUAUAUCAUUUUAAUUAACGUAAUUUCAGGACAGGCAGCGGGGACGGCGUCAACUUUUUACCUUCUGGAUGAAUCCGCUCUCGUUUUGGUGUUUCAGUUGAACAGUAGCUCAAAAUAAAUUUGUCCUGAUCUAUCUUGUUUUCUGACGAAUAAAAACGUUAAUGAAACCUUCGUAUAUCUUGCAUUUUUAGCAUAUUGCACUGAAACACAUCUCUGGGACGAUGUUGACAAGAUGGCAUUGUUGGUAAUCCCUUAGAAAGAUGCCUGAAACAAAUGAAGCAUUCGGUACAAGCCAUAGGCAGACAACAUCGUCUAUGAGAUACCUAAAGACACAAUAAAUUACAAAUUCUUUAAACACCAAUUAAAUGUUCAAUAAUACAUGAAGUACAAUUUACAAACUAUAAAAUAUCCAUAGGACUUUCAACUCGCAAAUAAGGUUAGGAAUCUUACCUUUUCCUUUUAUUUGCAUUUUUUUGCCAUUUACUAGGAUCGCGGAGUUUCUUACGGCCACGGUUUACCUCUGCAGGAACUAUUGGGAUUUCCAUGACCUCCGUUUCAUGAUUAAUAUUCCUAUGAUCGUUUGUAAUACUGUCUAAAACUCUUCUGCUAAAAGCAAACAGAUGCCCUCAUCACUUGAUAAUAGAAUACAAAACAUAAAACACAACAGCUGUCACUAUAAGUCAUCAUAGAUAACACAAAACACAGUGAAAACGAGACCAAACAAAAUAAUAAACAAGACUUUUAUAGUCUAAACAUGAAAUACAGACAUUCAUUUGGGGGAACUAGACAAAGCUGGUUUUGGAAUAAUAUUCUGUACACCAAAAUGGCAGCCAUUACACAAUGUCUGGACAAGGUGUGUUCUGGAAUGCAAAACAGACGUGGACAAAGUGUGAUGUGGAAAUAAAACAGUACUGGACAUAGUGGGUUCUGGAAAUGUUUACAGUUUUACACAUCCAUUUUCUAAGGGACAAUGUCGAGUUUGGCAAUUCUAUUUUGCGGAUUCUCAUAGAUAUGACUACAGAGAAUAUUCUUGUGGCAUCUCAAUUUUUUCACUUUUUGGACAAAGUGGUUUUUGUUUGGAAAUGGUCGACUCAAAUGGUAUUUUGCAAACAUUUUCAUGAUUUUGUCCAUUUGUAUAUUAAUAUCAUUUUAUUGUUCAUCCUGUCAUUUAGUAUUACAUAAAUAUUUAUAAUUUUUUAACAUCAAAUAUUUUCUAUGUAUAGGGUGUGAGUGUGAACUGAUUUUCAUCAAUAUUGAGUUUUGCAAUUUUCUUAAUGCAAAAUGUUAAUACUGUAAAUUGAAAUGUUUAAAACUUACACAUUUGUUCGAAUACUUUAUGUUUCAUGCAUAGGCUACAAGAGACGAGUACACGUGAGUGGAAUGAUGAAACAAAUUUAUAAAACUAUAGUCACCCACAUAAUUUAGUGUAGUUAUAAAUGAAACACUUUGAGGCCAAGGAAGUGAAAUGAAUUUCUGCAGCCAAUCAGGCUUUUAAUUGGAACUCACACUAAGAUUGUGUACUAAAUUUAUUUGUGUCAAAUUUUGCAAUAAAUUUAGUUAAGUCUUUAUAUGAUUCCCUGUGAAAUAAACCUGAGCUAAAGAACAAUUAUUUUGAAAAACAUAAAACCAGGCAUGUGUUCCACCUCUUGGUUGGCUUUUUGUUUUUGCAACAAUCCUGCCAAUGUUAUUUUAGUGUUUUUGCAGCCAGUAACAAUUAUGCUGGUUUAUGUCAUUCAUUCCUUCUUCUUUUUACAUGAUGUCAUUGUUGUCUUAUUGUAUGUUGAAGUUUCUGAGACAUCUGGGAGAUAUGUGUCACAACUACAGCUCUAACAUAUUAGCAUAACAUUAUCGUAGUUACGGGAGGAGAACUGUAAUACAUUUUUGAUUAUAGCAUAAUAAUACAAACAAACUUAUAUUGUAGUUCUUAUGUGAUUUCACAUAUCUCGUACAACAUGUGUGUAGUUAUGUCAUAUGUAUAGAUCUAUUGAUUAUUCCUUUAUGCAACAGUUAUUAUUAUUUUUGAUUUACAGAAUUUUUUGUGUAAAUCAUUGUAUCAUUGUAACAGAUAUUUCCAUUAUGAAGUUAUCAAUUUACUGGAUGUUGAAAGAACAGGUUUCUUGCAUGGUGAAUGUACUGAUGUCUAUUUAUAUUUGUAAAUUCUUGUACUUGUGGCUGUAGAGAGCAGUGAAAUGAUGCAUGUUCCAAUAGAAUACUUCAAAAAUUGUUAUGGGUUGUGUGGAAAAACAAUGAAACUGAAGAUUUCUUUGUAUAAUAGAAGCGUGGUUAAGUUCUAUUAAUUUCUUGUGUACCACAUUUGAUACUGUGCUAUCAUUGCGCUAAAAGCUUGUCAGUGUUGGGUAUUUAAAAUAAUUUUUAUAACAUGUCUGGGAAAUAUUUGUAGGUAAGUGCAAUGGCUUCUUGUUUCUGUGUUAUUGUACACAUAAAGAAGUAUUAGGCUUGCGGAUGCUGUAAAGUCACCAUAAUAUAGUGUAAAAAAGUUAUGACAAGUUUAUUGAUAUGCAUGCACUAAUUGAAAAUAAUACUUGCAAAUACAAACACAUUGUAGUUUAUUUUUAAAAUGCAUUUUCGUGUCGUGCAUUUUACUACCCUACUUUUUAGUGUUCAUGUGCAUAGGCAGUCGUAUAAUCUUGCUCAUAAAGUUUAUGUAAUUUCUAAAUGAAAAUUAUACCAUUAUCAUCCUUCAAAACAAAUUUUUUUGGUAUAGUAUGAAAUAAAAUAUUUUCUGAUAAUUACAAACACUUUGAGGGUUUUCCAUGUACUUUACAGUGAUGAGAAAAUGCAACUGAUUAUUAUUUGUGCAAUUUAUAAAGGCAAUAUUUACACUUUAUAGAAAGUAAAUAUUUAAUUUCCUUUAAUAUUUAUUUUGUUUAAUUACAUUUUAUUCCGUAUGUUUAUAUUUGUAAUCUAUGAUUAAUUCAGACUGUAAAUUUCUUUGGUUAUCAUUUUGUCUAUGCAUUACUCUAUGUUAUUUUUAUUUUAAAAUAUUUUCAAGGCUAGCAUAGCAGUAUUUUUUGAAACAACUAUUAAUUUAAAGAUGAACACGUCAGUAAUGGUUAGUAAUUUUACUAGUUUUGGUUUUAACAACAAACUAAAAAAAAUCAAUUACUAGUGACUGGGAAAAUAUUCUUUUAGAACGAAUUGAGACUUGAUUAAGACAACAGUUAGAACGCAACGAUUUUGACGUUAAUUCAUAAUUGAAUAUUUUAUAGAAGAUCGAAAAUGGUUAUUAAUGCCAAUAUUAACUGAGUUUGAAGAAAAUAAUAAUUUUAAUUGACGAAGAUAAUACUCAGACAUCAAUGUUUUAAAUAAUUACUUAAGAAGAGAAGUCGACAAGAAUCCGUGUCCAAGAGAUAGCCAAAUGACUAAUUUGCUUUGAAAACUAUGAAGAUUAAAUGUUGUUUAUAAUUCCGAAUAAAGAAGAAUCCUGUUGAAGAUUGAAAAGUCGCAGUUCGAGCCCGGGAAGGAUGAACGACGCGCAGUCCAGCCCCGUCGCCGCCCAUAAUCUGAAGGAUGAAGUCGUGAGAUCGCGUAUUCCUGCCGCACGCUGGAGGACGGAGGAGCAACACCAAUAUUGCAGUCUUGGAUGAGUCGAACCAAGGAGUCUCCGAGAAUCUACACGUCUCGUGGGUAUCCUGCAGCAAGGUUUGGUACCUUACCCCAUCACCCGAAGACUCGCUGAAUAUAGAAGUACCCGAACGAAUUACAAUUUGAGAAAGACGAACAUUUUUCACAGAACUAGAAUCUGUUAUAUUAUAUUGAAUAUUCUUUGUACAAGAAACCAAUUAACUUUUUCAUCUUUAGAUUUACAAAUCAAGUUCUGGAAUCGCGAUCCCGAGCUAGAUAGUAUUAGCUUGUAUAGAUGGAAUUUGAUAUGGAAUAUUGUAUUGCUAUUUUGAUUGACUGGUACUGCAAGUUUCGUACCCAGUAGUCCAAGCUCUACCGGACUGAAGUUAGUUAAAAUAAAUAACAUCCAAGUAAUUAACAUUUGAUAGUAAAGAUAAUUCACUCAAGUGAAAGAAUUCUUAGAUGCUUGAAGUUGAGAGUAAUAACAAUUCCAUCUGUAGUUUAAAAUAAAUUAGUUAAAGUUAAGUUCUUUUUCUAUUAAGUGUGAUUUUGUGCAUGUCAAAGUGUAUUGUCACCGUCGUAGCAAACAUUACACACAAAUAUAAAAGGUACAUUUAAUUUGUUUACACUUUAUUACAAGGUCUAGUCAAGAUAUUAGUAUUUAACAUACUUUUGACACACUUUAACUUGAUCUUCAGACACAAGCUUCUUGAUACAAUUCUUAAAACUGAGAGAGGUAGGCUAAAGAAACCGAAAUUAUUCAAUACAUUAAAUAAUUUCAAUAUUUACACUAGCUGACUCCACAAAUUAAAAUAUAAUUUUGUAGGUAGCUUUUAUGCACAUCAGCCUCAGGUUGCCUGCAUGUAACUUAUCCCGUACAAUAUAUAGUUAUAGUACAUUGUACCAUCACUUGCAGGUAUGGUUUCUUAGCUAACAUAAUUAUGUAUAAUAAUUGUAUGAUUGCGAUAGUCAUGGGAGUUAUUGUGUUGUAUGUACGUCAUUGGUGCUUGUUUGACAGUGAAAUGAAUCUUUCGUUGGUUGUCCAAGAUGGCAAGUUUUACAUUUUAUCGACAUAUGCUUGAUUUUUACUUUGUACAGGCCAAGCUUAAGAUAUAUUAACUUAUGGGCUGUUUUUAAUUUUGCGUAAAUGUUGAUUAAAACAGGUUUGUUCAUAAAAUUAAUAGUUAUAAAAUUUAGGAUUAAAGGUGCAUAGAGUAAUGUUGAAACUGAACCCAUGGUCUUGAGGGUAAAUGUCUUUUAAUUAAUUUAUACUCAAAACAAAUACCUGUGAAAAAAUUGCAAUCAAUGUACCUUGAAAGUGAGUGAGGUUAGUAGUUGUCUGAUGUGCACUUACUAGCACUAGCACACUUACUUCUUAAUCCUUUUCCGCAUUUAUUAAUUUAUUUUGUUUAUAGACCACUUUUAUAUUUUGUUCUUUAAAUCAUAAAAAAAUAAAUGAUUGAUUUUGUAUAGGCCUAUGUUUUGACAAUCCUAAAAAAUAUUUGUACCCACAGUUUGUUCAAUUUUUGCUUCAUAAAUGUGCGUAAAUAGCGACAUUUUACACCCUAAAAAUGAAUUUAUUUCCAGGGAAGGAGUCCUUUGUUGGCAUGUAUUCACUACACUUGGCAAAUAUCCCUCUCUUGGACUUACCAAGGUUGGCAAGAUGCAGUAAUGGGCUGUGAUAUUUUCCAAAGGUUAUUUAAAAAAUGGCUAAGUAUGUUGCAAUUAUCCUGUACAUAUUAGUACAUACUCUUUCAAGGAUAUUUUUUUCUUUGGUUUCCAGUGGCCAUGUUAGGUGAAAAUGUAAUGGUAACAUUCGUAGAAGUUGUGAUGUUGCACUCAAUGUAAUGUUUGUAAACCAUUCAUUACAUUGCAUUGCAUUGCAACAAUUAUGGUAUGUACACAAUUUUUAUUGACUGUUGUAUACUUUAAUUGCACCUAUGCUAUCUUUUCUGUAGUAGCGUGCAAUAUUGAAGCGAUUUUGUUGGGUGAAUUGGAUGACUGUUGUAUGUGUAUGAUAUUAGCAAUUAAAUUUACUUGAGAUAACAGGGGGAAAAA